AUGACUAAAACAUUAGGUACAACAUGGCAAGCGCUUUCUGACAGUCUAACAUUUACGAUCAAAGAGUUAAGUCAAACUAAGGUUACAAAAAGGCAGAUCUUAGCGGAGACUGCACAGAUAUUUGACCCAUUAGGUCUCAUUAGUCCAUGUAUCAUUAUAGCGAAAAUCCUUCUGCAAGAAUUAUGGUUGCAUAAGUUGUCAUGGGACGAAUCACUUCCCCUUGAUUUACAUAAUAAAUGGUUAUCCUUUCGUCAACAAGUUCGAAACUUAGGUCAAAUCAGAAUACCUCGAAACGUCAUAAGCGAAGAUUAUAUAGAAGUGCAACUGCAUGGUUUCGCAGACGCGUCACAAAAGGCAUAUGGCACAUGCAUCUAUUUACGGUCUCAAGAUUCUGAAGGAAAUAUUCAUACAGCAUUAUUGUGCGCAAAGAGUAGGGUGGCUCCCCUUAAGCAACAAACAAUUCCGCGUUUAGAGCUUUGUGCAGCUCUCACUCUCGCGCGUUUGGUCGCCAAGGUCAUUGAAUCUCUGGAAGUAGUUUUUGAUAAAAUUGUUUGUUGGAGCGACUUAUCAAUAGUUCUCAACUGGUUAAGGAUGCAGCCGAAUGCGUUACAAGUAUUUGUAAUGCAUUCGGUGUAUGCGGCAAACCGCAUAGCACAAAUACAACAUCUAACAGGUUCGCGUGAGUGGCGACACGUUCCUACUAUAGACAAUCCAUCGGACUGUCUUUCACGUGGUCUAUCAGUAGAUAAACUAAUACGCUCAGAACUUUGGUGGUAUGGUCCGUCGUUUUUAGUAAAAAAUGAGACUGAAUGA